AUGACAACUUUCUCUACUACCAGGUUAAGUGAUUUAAUAGAUUAUAGAAUCAAGGUGUUGACUACUAAUGGUGCCAUAUAUAUAGGUAAACUAAUGGGUUUUGAUAAACAUAUGAACCUGUGUUUAUUGGAUUGUAUAGAAAAAAAAAUAACAAAUAAACAGCUUAAAGAUUUAAAGAAACGUGGUGGCACGACUAGUGCUAUCAGCACCACCAGUAGAACCUUAGGUUUCAUUAUAUUGAGAGGCGAACAUAUUCUAACAACAACAGUAGAAGAAGAAGAUAAUAAAAAUAUACUUGCUACCAAAAAACAAAGAAUAACGGAAUCUGUUAAACUAGAUAAGAAAUAUACAAAGAAAAAGAAUAAAGACAACAAAAGAAAACAUAAAAGCCAAGGGAAGAUUAUUAAGGCACCAAUAAAAAUUAAUAAUAACGGUGCUAGAGAGAAAAAUAAACAGCAACAACUAAAGGUAAAUGUAACUAGGAAUUUUAAACCACCUCCAGGCUUUAAAAAAUAA